CUGUUUCAUGUUGGACAGACCGACAGGGGACUUGGCCGUCAGGCCACCUAGGGUGCUCCCUGAAACCGCUGCGAAUGCGCGCUUAGCUCGGAGACCGGAGAGCGGUGGAGGCAGAAAUGGAGAAGAAUUCAACGUUAAGCAGCUGUUCAUUGGCUCACCUGCAUCCGCCAUCUUGCAGGACAGCCGAGGGUGCGGCAACAGAAAGCAGGCGGACAGAUGCCCCUCCACCAGCCCAUGCAUCCCGCCACACCAACCACCCGACCUGCAUCCACUGUCCGGCUGCAGAAGGUCCCAGUCACGCCUCAGCCAAGAUCUUUGCCUGCAGGAAGCACACGAGGAGGAAAACGAGAGGGGGAUCGCAGCUCAUGCCGCUGUCCAUCAGCUGGAUCUGGGCAGCGCUGGUGGUGCUAUGCCUGGCGAGUCGGCGUGUUGAUGCAUUCCGGCUGCAGAGCGUCGAUCUCUUGAUGACUGGCCGCAGUGCUGCCCGGCUGCUGCGAGGGAGGGGCAGGGAGAGGGCGGGUGGUUUGGGUGAGCUGAGGCCGCCGGGAGCUGUUGCUGUGGACAAGGAGACCCUCCUCACCGAAACGGAGAGCGCCAGUGGCGACCUCACCGAAGGUAGGACGGACGAAGGAGGGAGGUUCACGACUCACUCACUCAUGUGUGUAAGUGUGGUGUGGAUGGUUUCGGUUCAUUUGCGGUGCAGAUGGCCUGGGUGCUCGUGUGCGCAUCCUGAGUGGCCGCUAUGCGACCUGCGAGGGCGUGGUCGUCGACACCAGAUGGGACGCCAAGGGGCAGCUCAAGGUCAGUCGUCAGUCAUAGUCACACAGAGACCGUCCGAAGAACAAGUCUGACAUGUUCAUGUGAUAUAUGCGGUCGGGUCUUUUGUGUUGGUGUUGGUGUGUGUGGUGUGGUGUGCAGCUGUAUGUGCGUCGCGAUUGCCGUGUGGGCGAGGCGGAGUCAAUCCCGCCGGAGUUUGAGCCAGGACACGACAGAAUGUGGUGGUGCGCAAUACACAUGCAUUGCAUGACGACUCGAUAGAUGUGCCAUCCGCCCUCCUGUUCUCCGUCUGUCUGUCUGCUUGCCGGCAGGUAUCCCGUGGCAUCGCUGCGCCGCAUCGCCGCCAAGGCGCCCCCUCCCUCUCCCUCUCCCCCCCUCUCCCUCAUUGAAGGCAUCGACAUCCCCACAGCCGCCGAUUUGCGGACUGCAGCCAACAUGCCCGCCCCAGCGUCCUUCCCCAUGGCGAGCCAGCUGUUUGGCGGUCUGGACAGGCAGGGGCAGGUUGGUGAGAGGGGCGUGUACGCCGCCAUUAAGAACAGCCUGCUCAACGCCAAGACGACUGACGAGGUGCUGCGGUUCUGGGUGGCAAACAGAAAUAGGAUGGAGCCCGCCAACUUCCCACACGCACUCUCAAGGCUUGGGCGGUCCGUCAAGUGAGUAAAUAUGCCACGCGGCGCCGAGCAAAUCUGUCCUCUAUCAACCUCUCUCUCUCUCUCUCUGUGUGUGUGUGUGUGUGUGUGUGUCAGAGAGGCCGGUAGGCAGUCUGGAAGGCGUCAGAGUGACAGCCGCGCGCGGCGCACCACGCGAGAUGAACUCCUCAGCGACAAGAGGUGAAUGAACGCACCCAACCAACCCAAGCAGCGAGGGGCCUUUUUUAGUGACACACUUGUGCGUCGCGUCUCUGUUCGUUGCUGAUCCGCUCGUCUACAGGUUUUCCGACAUCAUGACCGAGCUCGCCCAGCCAGAUACCAUCGGGUAGAGAGAGAGGGGGAGAGAGAAAAGAAAGGCCGUCUUGCGAGCCAAAUCGACACUUACUUGUCCGUGUGCGUCUCGAUGUGUGUGUCACCGAAUGCAGGCCUCUGGACGGCCCCUCCCAUCUCUUCAGCAUUGUCAUUGCAUUCGCACAGCUGGCACUUCACAAGGUGAGUGAAGUGUGUGAAUGGGUGGAGAAGGAAGGGCACUGCAAUUGAAUAAGAGGUCCUUCACCGAUGUGUGUGUGUGUGUGUAUGUGUGUUGCCUUGCCUUGCCUUGCCAGGCGCCCGCGUAUGAGUUCGUCUACUCGGCCAUCAUGCGCGACGUCACUUCCAAGCUCCCCGCUGCCGUUCCAUCUCUCAGCGUGCGUCGUCAGUCAGUUAUCCAAGGCGUGGCGUCCCUCUCCUUCUUCAUGCGUGUCUGUGCUGUUCUGAGCAGAUGAAGCUGCUGGCCCGUCUUGCAUGGGCGCUGGCAAAGCUGGGCGUGAGGGAGAGUGCCGUGUGGGACGCCAUCGGUCAGGAAAUCACCGACGCGCCCGACCAGAUGAAUGAAGUGGUCAGUCAGCUCAGCGACCGCAGGCAGGACGAUAUGUCAGGACAAGGAGGCAUCUGUAUGUCAUGUGUGUGUUGGUGUGGUGCCGGUUGGUAUGUCGGCUGGUUUGGUUUGCAGGACUAUCCUUUUUUCGUUCACGCGAUGGGCUCUGUGGGCUACAAGAAUGAGGCCGUGUUGAGCCUCAUGGCCGACGAAGCUCUCAGGAGGGACCUGGUGUCCCAACUCAAUCCUCAAGUAACUCCUCGCGCACACAGAGGGAGGGCACCACAGCCACCGCAGGCGGACACCCCUUUGUUUGUCAUCUCAUCUCAUUCACAGGGUUUGUCGAACGUGGCAUGGGCCCAUGCGAAGCUGGGCAUCCACAACGGGCGGCUGUUCCAGGCCCUCGGCGAGCAGGUCAUCAGCCUGUCGUCCCGCUUCCGCGAGCAGGAAGUGGGCAUCAUCCCAUGGGCAUUCGCCACACUCGGUCGGUCAGUCGACACAGCUGCCACCACAUGGCGUGUGAUGUGCGUGGGGUGGCUGCAGGUUACUUCGACCGCGAGGUCUUCCGUGCGCUUGGGCGUGCGGCGGUUGAGAGCAAGAAGUACCUGACGACACAGCCGGCCCAAGUGGCGUGGGCCUUCGCAGCGGCCGACAUGCCACAGGCACAUGUGUUCAAGGCCAUGGCGGAGGAGGUGGGCGAUGCGAGCAGCAACUGGAAUAACCGAAAAAGCGUUCAGUUCGUUUGCGUACCUUUCUGUGUCUGUAUCUGUUUGUUCUGGUUGGCUGAUUGGUCUGGACAGAUGGUGUGGCAGCUGGACCGGUAUACGGCCAAGCAGCUGUCGCAGGUCAUCUGGGGGUACGGGAAGCUCGACCACAUCGACCAAGCGCUGCUGCAGAAACUCACAGGCGCCGUCUUGCAAAAGUAGGAAGGAAGAGGCAAAGGGGGAAAGGGCGGGCCACACACACACACACGCACUCGUUUGUCUCCUGUCUGACUCCCGUGCGUGUGUUUGUUGUGUUUGUUGUGUCUAGGGUGUCGACCUUCAAGAUGGUUGAUGUGAUGAUGACUCUGCAAGGGCUGGCGGCCAGCCUCACGGGAUCCAUGCAGCACCACAAACUGGACGCACUGCCACUGGUCGACGGUACGCACGCACCCACCCACCCAUACACACACACACACUCUCUCGCCCAUUGGCGCGUUGUGUGUCCCUCUCAACGCAAUGCAGCUCUGGCGCAGUCGGCGGUCCGCUGCCUGGCGGAGCGAUCUGCCGAUGUCCCUCCCCACAUGUACAUCAACAUCCUCCGCUCCCUCGCCGAGAUGCGCGUCAAAGACGAAGAACUCCUUGACCUCAUUGCAGCCAUCGCAUACGAGCAACGGCAAUCGGUUGUGGAGACGCCAGCGGCCUUCGGGAGGCUCAUAUGGGCGGUGCGGACGCUUGCCGAGCCGCAGGAGGGAGAGGGUGACGAGAUAGAGGCCGACUCCGCUGCGGGGCGGGUGCUGGUGUAUGCGAGGGAGGUGCUCGAGACAUAUGUGAAUCGGAUGCUUGGUGCACCAGCAGCAGCCGAUGGGGCGGCUUGUGGGUCAACGCCGUCGGCAGCUGUCGUGUUGAGCCUCUUCUCAAACCUGGUACGUACCACACUGACUCAGCCGAGAGGGAGACGCCUGUAAUGUGUUGCUUCAUUCCAUUCGAUUCAGCUUGAGAGCGGUGUGCUGCCGAACCCCGAGGCCAUGGCGCGUGACAUGCGGCUCAUCGACAGGGUGCGGCAGAUUGUGGUGGCGGCUGCAGACGACCUCACAAGAUUCGACUGGGAGAAGGUGAGCAGAGCAUCGGUGGGGUGUUUGUCUGGUGGCAGAGAGAGAAGAGGUCUUUUUGUGUCUUGUGUCUGGUUGUGGUUGUGGUUGUGGUUGUGGUUGUGUCCGUCCGUCAGCUGGUGGAUUGCUUCGAGUUGUUUGAGCAAGUGCUGUCCGACGAGGAGCGGGACCAGUGGUUCGACAUAUUCGCCAACGUCCCAAGGUAAACACUCACAGACAGAUCACAGAUCGCCCACAGAUGCAUCCAGCGGACCCACUUCACAUGUGUGUGUGUGUGUGUGUGUGUGUCAGGUUCAUCGGUCCCGAGGAUGAGCUGGCGGCCAUGCGGGAGCAGCUGGCCCUCGAGCAGGACGCCGAGGCGCAGAGGCGGCUGGAGGAGGAAAUGAGGCAACGGCCGGAGUACAGCCAUCUGCCAAAGGUGGGUCGGUCGGGUGGCCAGGCCAACGAGCCAGCCAAAGCUUAUGGCGUGGACGUGUGGAGGCCUCUUCCUCUGUGUGUGUGUGUGUGUGUGCAGGGUCUGCCGCUUGACUCUGUUGUGGUGGUUGACCCGAACGACUCUCUCACCACCCAAGGAGAUGAGGUGCGUUCAGAACGUUCGUGACGUAACAGCCGGCCGGCACGUCUGCCGUACGUCCCUGUGUGCGUCUGUGUGUGCGCGUACGUGUCAACGGCCUCAGGAGGAGCCCAGUGGCCGUCGAGGAUUCGACUACGAGGCGAGAGACAGACAAGUGGUGGGCAAGGAGAGCGCGCGGGGAGGACGGCGGUGACCUGACGGAUUCGUGGACAAUUGGUGGGUCGGUCGGCUUGUGAGAUGCUGUGAGAUGAG